CUCGGCUUCAUAGCUUUACAAGAUCCAACAAUUCAAAUUUUGAUCUAUAAGACUAAAAAAUGUACCUUCGUACAUAUAAGAUCAAGUGCCACAGUUCAUUUAAAGUUUCUGAAGAUGUUGAGUUUACUUGCCAAAACAUGUGAACCUUCAAAACAUGGCCAUGGAUCAUGUGAAAUGCAACAGAUGUACCUCUUCUACAUUAAAAACUAACCUUCAUUCCAUCUACACUAUAAAAAUGAUGAUCACAACAUACUUAUCAGUCAGCCACCAACAUUUACAACAAACUUUCAGUCUAUUUUCUCCUUCUUUCGCAUUUACCACUUCAUUCUUAUAUUGUUUUGGCUUUUGCAUUAUCGAGCAACAAUGAAGAAAUUUUCUAUUGUAGCUCACAUGUCUCUACUUUUCGGAAUUUUCUUCAUCAUACUAAUGAUUGGUAGAAGUCUUGAUGUAACAACUCGCUGGGAUCACAUGAGCUACAAUGCAGAAGAUGCUCACAGAACAGAUGGCAGCUUAAGGCAAGAGGAGGAAAAGGCUAAAGAAGUACUUGGUAUGGAGUUAUACCCUACAGGAUCCAGCCUCCCAGACUGCUCCCAUGCAUGUGGACCAUGUUUUCCGUGCAAAAGGGUGAUGGUGAGCUUCAAAUGCUCUGUUGCGGAGUCAUGUCCAACUGUCUACAGAUGCAUGUGUAAAGGGAAAUAUUAUCAUGUACCAUCCAAUUGAAUUGAGCAAAAACUCAAUCUGGAGGAAUUUGCAGCAAAGAACAAAGCAAUUAAUGUUUGAAUCAGCAGUAAGCACUGAUAUGGCGACUAUGGAAGUAUUAUAGUCUGAGACUACCGUCUCUGUUUAUUUCAUUGUAUCAAGAUCAUUCUGUACGAGAAAAUAACUGAGGCAACAAAUUUUCAAGCACAGGAAGUUCAAAUAGGAAGUUAGAACUUGGUUCUUUUUCUCAUUCAGUCGAGCACAAUAUCAUUUCCUUUCUAAUAUAAGUCUUAACUGUAAUGAAAUCUAGUUUAUCCUGUUCCACAACUCUCUAGGCAAUCAAGUCGAGAUAUACAGUUGAAUGGAGAUUCGAAAAACAAACCAGAAUAAGAGGAUAAGCCUGUAAAGUUUGGAAUA